AUGGCACCCAUUACCUUUAGGCAAGGGCAAUGGUUUCUCAAUCAUUCAAAAGAGAAUAGAAAUGCCCUUAGUAGUCCAAAAGAAGGAAGAGCAGGCCACCCUGGUUUCUCACCACAUCAGAAGGGUACUAUUGCACUCCGAAUGCUGGCUUAUGCCUCCCCAGCUGAUGUUAUGGAUGAUACAUAUGGUAUGUCUGAGUCUACAUGCCUUGAUACUCUUGUUGAAUUCUGUGAAACAGUUGUUCAGCUUUACAAAGAGAAAUACCUCCGUCAACUAAAUCAAGCAGAUUUAGAGCGGCUCAUUCGCAAAGCUGAAGAUCAUGGCUUUACGGGCAUGAUAGGGUCACUAGAUUGCAUGCAUUGGCAGUGGAAUAACUGUCCCACCGGAUGGCAAAGAGGCUUUAGCGGAAGAUCGAGAAAGCCAACAGUUGUGUUAGAGGCAGUUGAGUCAUUUGACACAUAG